UGCUGAGUUUCCUCGUUGUUGGAGACCAGAGAAGAACUCGAGAAGGAGGACGAGAAGGCGGCGGCAGGUGGUCCCCGAGGCAGGCGGCCGUCAGCAUGAACUACGUGGGCCAGCUGGCGGGCCAGGUUCUGGUGACGGUCAAGGAGCUGUACAAGGGCAUCAACCAGGCCACGCUGUCAGGUUGCAUCGACGUGGUGGUGGUGCGUCAGCCAGACGGAUCCUUCCACUGUUCCCCCUUCCACGUGCGCUUCGGAAAAUUGGGAGUGCUGCGCUCCAGGGAGAAAGUGAUUGACAUAGAAAUAAAUGGAGAAGUAGUGGAGUUGCACAUGAAGCUGGGAGACAACGGUGAGGCUUUUUUUGUCCAGGAGACAGAAGAAUACGAUGAGAUGGUCCCGCCACACCUGGCGACCUCGCCUAUCCCCACAGACGACGCCCUGAUCAAUGACCAAGAGUCCAAAGGCAGGCAAUGUCGUCCCCAAAAUGCCCCGGAAGAGGGUCCCAGUGCAGGGGGGAAGAAGAGGAAACGGCGACGCCGGAAGCACAAAGCCGAGCCCCGUAAGGAGGGCCAGAGCCAGCCAGUAGGGGGCGAGCUGGAGCUGCCUGGGCUCAGCUCAGAUGAGGAGAUAAACUUGCAUAGCACCUGGGUAUCUUCGACAAUGAACGAAAACACGGCUCACUUGCGACAUUCCCCAGCCACCGGCCUCGAGUGGGACAGCUACCCUUUCUCUGACGGCGACUGGUCCCCCUACACUGACAGGGUGAUGUCUGAGCUUGAGCCAGCGUCGCCCAACAGCGACUCAGAGUUGAUGGUGAAGACAACAGACAGUAUGCUCAGAGCUGACGCCCACAUGCAGUGGAGCUGGGGCGAGUUCCCGGAAUCUACCAGGGUGAGCAAAAAGGAAAGGUCCGGACUAAAGGCGCUGACCAUCACCCCCUCGGAGAGCACACAUUUCAGGGUCAUCUCCGGCCCGGAGGAGCAAGCCGAAGAUCUUCUCUGCGGCAUUGUCAAACCCCAACCUCAAAAUGCCGAACCGAGAACGUCAGACCUCGGUGGGAAAGCUACUCACAAGACCAAGUGGACGUCUUCCCCGCCCAGCUGCAGGGAGUCGGAUACGAAGUCUGCAGAGAUUGCUGUAAAGAGACGAGGUGUGAGGAAGAGGAGUCAACAUCAGGGGCCAGAAGACAUCUACCUGGAUGACCUGAACGCACUCGCGCCCGAUGUCGUGGCGCUCUACUUCCCCAAGAGCGAAUCGGGUCAGGUUGCGAGGCCCUGGACGGAGUCAACGGCAGUUGGGGGUACGCACUCAGGUUCGCAGUCGCCCCAUUCGGUGGGCAGCAGCAGCAGCGGCGGUGGGAGUCUCGGAGACAGCGGCACCGAAUGUCUUUCUGACCCGGCCUCCGACUUGCCCGACGUCACGCUGUCGCUCUGCGGUGGCGGCGGGGGCGACAACUCUGAGAUCGACAGCGAAAAAUUCCUGGAGUACAUCAUCAACUAUCAUGACUUUGCAGAAAACCCUGCAAUUAUCGAUAAUCCCAAUUUGGUGGUUCGGAUUGGACACAGAUAUUACAACUGGACUCUGGCGGCGCCACUCAUCCUAAGUAUGCAGGCGUUCCAGAAGAACCUCCCAAAGGCCACAGAAGAAGCCUGGGUGAAGGACAGGAUGCCCAAGAAGUCUGGGCGAUGGUGGUUCUGGAGAAAGAGCAGCGUGAAGCAGCUAUCCACUGAGAGCAAGCUGGAGCGACAGGAGAGUUUGACCAAUGAGAAUUCAGCUCUCAACACAGGCCCUAAAGCACAACAGAAAACCUCGGAGUGGUCGAGUGACGAUGAAACCAAAGACCUCAACGCCAUGAUUACCGGCCGGACGCCGCCUGAGCGCGUUCAGACGGAAGCUCCCGGUCCCGCCUACAGGAAGUCCCUGCGCCUGUCGUCGGAGCAGAUCGAGGGUCUGAAGCUGAGGGAAGGUCCCAACGACGUGACGUUCAGCAUCACCACUCAGUACCAGGGAACGUGCCGCUGCCAGGGCACCAUCUACCUGUGGGACUGGAACGACCAGGUCGUCAUCUCUGACAUCGACGGCACCAUCACCAAGUCGGACGUGUUUGGUCACAUCUUGCCUCAGCUCGGGAAAGACUGGACGCACGAAGGAAUCGCCAAGCUCUACCACUCGGUGCACCAGAAUGGUUACAAGUUCCUGUACUGUUCGGCGCGGGCCAUCGGCAUGGCGGACAUGACGCGAGGGUACCUGCAGAAGGUCAACGACGGGGGCACACUGCUGCCGAGAGGACCGCUCAUGCUAGCACCAAGCAGCCUCUUCUCAGCCUUCCACAGACAGAUGAUCGAAAAGAAACCCGAGAAGUUCAAAGUGGAAUGCCUCUCGGACAUCAGGAAGCUCUUCUCUCCCAGCAGGCAUCCCUUCUACGCCGCCUUUGGCAACAGAGAGAGCGACGUGUUGGCUUACCGUCUGGCGGGCGUGUCGGCGUGCCGCAUCUUCACCGUGAACCCAAAGGGUGAGCUGAUUCUGGAGCAGGUCAAAGGCAACAAAACGUCAUACACGCGUCUGAGCGAGCUGGUGGAGCACGUGUUCCCGUUGCGUAGCCGGCAGCACGCCGCCGCCUUCUGCUGCCCCGACUUUAGCGCCUUCUCCUACUGGAGGCAGCCGGUCACGCACGCCUGCUUGGAGGACCUGCUUUGACGCAUUACUCAUUCUUUUCCAGCUCCUACGUGAGAGAUGGACAUGGCUACCGACUAGACGGGUAUAGCAGGACGCCGCUGAAGGACGACAGAGUGUGGGCGGAGGCGGAGGCGAGCUCCCCCGCCGUCAGCGACAGUGCCGCCCGCUCGCCUC